AUGGCUACAAGUACAAGCCCUAGUUCUUCCUCUGCUCAUUUUAUAAACGUUUGCAAUAAAGAACUAAAUAUCAAUGACUUUUAUGAUAUUUAUGAGAAAAUUGAGCAACUUUCGGCUUCCUGGAAGCAAAUUGCCAUUUCCUUGCGUCUCAGAAUAAACACAGUUAACAAGAUAGAAGCUGAUUGUCGUGGAAACACUGUCACUUGCCUGCAGAAAGUUUUGGAGUAUUGGUUAAGGAAAGAUUAUGAUUACAAGCGUUAUGGUAUUCCUUGUUGGAGGAGAGUGUGUGUAGCUGUUAAAGAAGGAGGAGGUGAUCCAGCAUUAGCUGAUGAAAUAGUUCGUGAACAUCCUCUACCAGCUAUGCCACCUGCAGGAUCAACUAGUUCAAAAGAUAAAAGUGUCACUCCUGAAACAGAUGAGGUAGCUAUGUCACCAGCAAGCACUGACAGAGCAACAGGUAAUUAAUCAUUCUAUCCUUCAUUGUGAUAGAAGAUAGAAAAAAA